AUGAGUGCGAAUUUAGAAAUGUCGAUCUAUGAAAAAGUUGAAACAUUUCUAUCCCCUUAUUAUUCAAAAGAAACAAUUAUACAAGAAAAUAAACCAUUUGUUACAUUGACAUAUGCACAAAGUUUAGAUGGUAAAAUCUCUGGGCAAGGUGGUAAACAACUUCUUUUAAGUUGUGAAGAAUCAAUGAUAAUGACUCAUAGAAUGAGAACUCUUCAUGAUGGAAUUAUGGUUGGCAUCGGUACAAUAUUAAACGAUAAUCCAAGAUUAACUGCGAGAUUGUUGGAAAUUGGGAAAGAAUUAAAAAUCAAUCAACCUCAACCUAUAAUUUUGGAUUCAAAAUUGCGAUUUCCUCUAUCGGCUAAAUUGUUAACAUUUAAUGAAUGUAAAUCACCUUGGAUAUUUACAAGUCAUAAUUGUGACAAUGAUAAACGAAAGUUAUUAGAACAAGCAGGAGCGAAAGUUAUUUCUAUAGAUUCGGAUCAAAAUGGACAACUUUCUCUUUUGCAUUUAUUGUCGAUAUUACAAUCUCCACCUUUCUCAAUUAAACGUCUUAUGGUAGAAGGUGGUGCAAGGAUUAUACAAUCUUUUUUAAAAAGUGGAUUGCCAAACUUAUUUAUAAUAACUAUUGCUCCCGUAUUCGUUGGAUCAAAUGCAAUAUCUUGUAUCGGUGACAAACUAUCUAUAGAGGAGAAUGAAGAUAAGAUUCUAAAUUUGAAAAAUGUAAAAUAUGAGCAAUUAGGUAGAGAUAUUAUUAUGGUAGCAAAUAUUUAA